AGUUUAACGCUUGAUUCACUUCUAUAAGAGAUGAUUUAAAAUGUCGGUUCAUGGAUUGAGAACACUUCUGCUGGGUGGAGUGGGAGGGGCAGGGGGCGUUCUGCUCUCCAGAUAUAUUCUCCCGGAUUCUGCCUAUACAGAGGAGACAAAGAAGAUUUCUACUCCUAUCUUUACGCCCUCUGAUCACGCCCCUCCGUUGUCCACACCUUCUGUAUCCGCCCCUCCUUUGGCCACGCCAUCUGUAUCCGCCCCUCCUUUGGCUUCGCCAUCUAUCCCUGCCCCUCCUCUGACCACGACCUCUGUUCCCGCACCUCCGGUGUCCACGCCCUCUCCAAGAUCAGAUCCCCAACUCCAUACUAGUUUAAAGUACGGUGUUCCCAGCUCAGGGUUCCAAACUAUUCUGCAGUAUGAUAAUCAUGUAUUGGAGUUUGAUCCAGUUCGAAGAGUGCCGAAGUGGGUUGCGGAGCAUGUUAGUCAGAGCAAAGCAUUUGGGGAUAUAGCAAACCGUAAACUGGCCAGGUUUGAUCCUGAUCCUACUAUACCAGUUCUUUACACUUCACAAAAUAAAGAUUUCUGGGGUUCUGGUUGGUCUAGAGGUCACAUGGCUCCAGCUGGCAAUAAUAAACAUUCUCAAGAAGCCAUGAAUCAAACAUUUUAUUUAACUAAUAUUGUACCACAGGAUUUGGACAACAAUGGUAAUUACUGGAACCGUCUUGAGAUUUAUUGCAGGGAACUUACUAAACUUUAUUCAGAUGUUUAUAUUAUCUCAGGUCCACUAUGGUUGCCUGAGACUGAAGAUCAGGAAGAUAAAAGAAUAUUAUCCAUUGUAUUGGAGUCUAAAUCUCAACAAUUGAUAAAUGUUAACAAUCCGGGGAAUACUGAAGCAACAACAGAAACUCUACCGGAAGCAGUUCCACCCGUAAAAACCCCGCCCAAUAAUCGGCCACCUAGACGGCCGAAGAAAUUUGUAAAAUAUGAAGUAAUUGGAGAAAACAAUGUUGCCGUUCCAACACAUCUUUUUAAGAUAAUUCUGAUAGAAGAUCCUCAACUAGAGAAACCUCUUCUUGGAUCUUUCAUUAUCCCGAACAAACCGGUUCAGGAUGUGCAUUUGGCAGAUUUCGAGGUAGAGAUGAAUGAAAUUGAAAAACAUGUCGGAGUACGAUUCCAUCCAGAUUUAGAUUUGUCCGGUGUAGGCCGGUUAUGUGUCGCCGAGGGUUGUCGUCUCAAUAAUUACAAAGUUUUCCAAGAAUUCUUCUGGAAGCGUCGUCUUUCCUCACCCUGGAGUCUAGGAAACCUUGAGAGGGAUUGGAAGGAUGUUUGUAAAAGAGGAUUGAAUUCUACAAACCUAGAAGAAAUAUACUUGGAGAAGAAGAAAGAAUUCUUGAAUAAACUUAUUCCGGCUCCGGAUCCGGCUCUGGCUCCGACCUCAGUAUUAGAACAAGAAACACAAGGAGAAGCGACCCCAGAAAACCCCCGGGCUGCAGCCGCAGCGUAAUUGAUAUUAAAAAGUUUCAAGUUUGUCUCGUUUAUCCUGUGAUAUGAAAUCUGUGUUAUUUUCCAUGAACAAUUAUUCAGUUCUGAAUUGCAUUAAUGUACAACUAUGUAUUUAGUGAGAAUGAAGCGAGACCGAAAUGAAUUGUCAGGCAAUGUUAGCGAUUGAAAGUGUUCAAAUUUUAGCAAAAGAUAUGAAUUAAUUGUUAAAGAGAGGUAAUUCAACGAAUUCUGGUAUUGGUAGCCAACGAAAAUGGAGGCAAACAAUAAGUACGUUUGAGAACUUGAUAAUGUAAUGAACAACGUUGUUAAGCACUAUUUGGUUAUUGUUUAUUAUUUCAGA